CUGUAAUCUCUCCGAAACCGAUUUCCAAGCACUAUAAUGGCAUUGCAAGUCCCUCAUUCCUUCUUCUAAAAGGCUUACGAGAGGUGCUGCUAAUUAUCCAUCAUGAAGACUGCCUUUGAAAGACUUGUUCGGUUCAAGAGCAAGGGAGGGGAGGUGCUGUAUGGAGAGGCCCCGACUGGAGAUGAUUUGAUUGGGAAGACGGUGGAGGUGUAUGAAGGGGAGCAGCCGUGGGAGCUGAAGGCUACUGGGAAGAAGGCUGGGAUUGCGGAGGUCCUGAGCCCUCUACCAGCGGCACCUAUAUUUUAUGGAAUUGGCUUGAACUACAAGGAGCAUAUUGCAGAAGCUGGCUUUCCAACACCAGGAUUCCCUACAGUCUUCACAAAACCCGCCGAUGCUCUCGCCGGCCCAUUCGACGACAUAAUCAUCUACAAAGACUGUCAAAAGACCAUGGACUACGAGGGCGAACUCACCGUCAUAAUCGGCAAAGUCGCCCUCAACCUCACCGACUCCGACGACCCCUUCGACUACAUCCUCGGCUAUACCACUGGCAACGACGUCUCCUGCCGCUACUGGCAGAUGCCCGAGCAAUCCGGCAACCAGCACGGCUACGCCAAAUCCUUCGACCGCUUCGGGCCCAUCGGCCCCGUGCUCGUCUCCCCUAGCCUGAUACCCGACCCGGCCGCGCUCACUCUCAAGUCUUUUGUGAACGGGGAGGAGCGGCAGAGCACGUCAACGAGCGAUUUGCUGUUUACGAUUCCGCAGAUCAUCAGGCAUUUGAGCAGGGGCACGACGUUGCGGCCGGGGACGGCGAUUAUGACGGGCACACCGAACGGGGUGGCCGCGUUUAUGAAGCCGCCGGCGUGGGUGCAGGAUGGGGAUGUGGUAGAGGUGAAGAUUAGUGAGAUUGGGAGCAUUAAGAAUAAGUAUGUUUUUGAGAAGUAGGGUAGGCGAAUUAGAAUUGUUUGGGCACAGCCGUGCGCUGAGGUAGAUGGGAAGAGUACCUCCUUACGUUUACACUUCAGUGAGAGAUUCGAAACCUACCGAGUACAUAUAGCGUAAGACUAUGGGAUGCUCGUUCUUUCUGGUGGAACAGCUUGCCUCUGCUUAUUAAUGCGUGAUCCCUUCUCUCGAAGAUGGAGAGAUAUAGCCUAUUUGUGGAAAGCGCUGACUAGAAUGGAGUAUAGCGCGUUAGGUCGCUUGAUAGUCACAUGCCUCUCAUGUGACCUUUUCCAAGCCCCUCACCACCUG